UUACAGGACACUAAAAAAAAUUCCACUUCUCAGUCUCCAUCUUGAAAAGUUUGAUUGCAAGAAAGGAAAAAAAAGAGUGAGAGGGAGGGAAAAUGGCAGAGGAGAGUAAAAUGGAAAGAGGGCUUCUCGUGCAGCCGUUGCUAGAGGGAUCAGGUAAUAGUAAUAACAACGAGGAGGACAUGAUGAGCACUGCCGGAAAAUCUUCGUCGCCGGUGGAAGCGACCUCUGCCGCCGUUAUCUUCAGCACUUUCGUAGCUGUGUGUGGUUCCUUCUCCUAUGGAUGCGCUUUAUCAUACUCAUCGCCUGCUGAAUCUGGGAUCAUGGAAGAUUUGCACCUCUCCAUUGCUUCUUACUCGAUGUUUGGGUCAGUGAUGGAAGUGGGAGGGAUGAUAGGCGCUCUGUUUUGUGGGAGACUAACAGCUGUGCUUGGCCGCAAAUAUACAAUGUGGCUUUCCCAGGUGUUCUCCACCAUUGGAUGGCUUGCUAUAGCACUUGCUAAGAAUGAUUGGUGGCUGGUGACGGGAAGGCUCUCGAUUGGGUUUGGAGUUGGUUUCGUCACCUACGUGGUUCCAAUUUAUGUAGCAGAAAUUGCACCCAAAGAGCACAGAGGAUCAUUUUCAUAUGCCAGCCAGGUUUCAUUUUCAUAUAUAUUCCCCACAAUUUCGAUUGUCAAACCAAAGGAGUAGUUUCACUUUCAUGUAAUGAAUAAUGUGAUGAUCGAUGAUGCAGUUGUUGGUGAACUGCGGCUUCUCCCUUGUGUAUUUCCUGGGCAAUGUAGUCUCCUGGCGUACCUUGGCCAUCCUCGCACUUGUGCCAGGUGCGUUCCAACUCGUCGGCUUGCCCUUCAUUCCCGAGUCCCCGAGAUGGCUGGCCGGAGUUGGUCGAGUGAAGGAGUUCAAAGCGUCGUUACAGCAACUGAGAAGCAAGAAUGCUGAUAUCUCUCAGGAAGUAGAAGAAAUUCAAGACUCUGUCGAUGAAUCGAAGGACGACCCAAAAGCCAGAGUUGGAGACAUUUUACAGAGGAAAUAUGCCUAUGCACUAACCGUUGGACUUGGUCUAAUGCUUCUCCAACAACUCGGGGGCACUUCAGGAGUUGCAUAUUAUGGCAGCAGUGUAAUCCAAAAAGCAGGGUUUUCGACAACUGUUGGCACCAUAAUUAUUUCUCUAGUCCAGGUUCCUAUAGCAGCUGUUGGGUUAUUCCUGAUGGAUAUUUGUGGAAGAAGACUUCUCCUCAUGGUUUCUGCAGGUGGAAUGAGCAUAUGCAGCUUCCUAGUGGCAUUGUCCUUCGUAUUGCAGGGGCUUAACCUUCUCAGGGGAAUCACUCCUAUUAUGGCUAUAAUUGGCUUGACUGGAUACUUCACAGCUUUCUCAAUUGGAAUGGCAGGAAUCCCCUGGAUCAUAAUGGCAGAGAUAUUCCCCAUGAAUGUGAAGGCUCUAGCUGGGACACUAGUCACAUUGGUCAAUUGGUCAUCCUCCUGGGUCAUGACUUACUCUUUCAAUUUCAUGAUGCAAUGGAGCCCCGCGGCGACUUUUUUUAUCCUAGCUACAACAUGCGCACUCACAGUGGUUUUCACCAUGAAGCUGGUACCGGAAACAAAAGGAAGGACUCUAGAGGACAUACAUAAAUCAAUGAUGCGGCUCGAUUAGCGAAACUAGCCAGAUCUUUGUAUAUAAGUAUAAAUAUGGUUAUAUCGAUCCUUGGUCAAUGGUGAAGCUUUGAACCACUUGCGAUUCACUAGAUUUACUCGUCAACAAUGUUUCUUAGAGCUAAGCCUAGGGAUGGCUAAUAUAAUUUGGUUUGUGGUGUAUGUCGUGUAUCAUUAGAAAUUGCCCACAAAUUUAGAACUAUGCUACCCACAACCCGCACCACAGUGGGUAGUAGUUCACCACUACGCAGUGCGGUUUGGUUGUGGAUACCGACAAAAUUUUCAUUAUUGAAUAUGAUAAUAUGGUCAUUAAUAUUGGUGUUGUGUUCUUCUUACA